AUUAUUCAUGGGCUCCUGCCUCUUGCUCCUUCUCUUGCACAGCCCCACUCUGCUGACUCAGUGCCUUAUUCAGUCUUCUCUCCCUCUCUCCACUGCUGUAGCUGGACCCCUUUGCCUUCACCGCCUCUGAGAGUCUGCACAUCCCACCAUGGCUAAAACAGCAAUGGCUUACAAGGAAAAGAUGAAGGAGCUGUCCAUGCUCUCUCUGAUCUGCUCCUGUUUUUACCCUGAACCUCGCAACAUGAACAUCUAUAAGUAUGAUGACAUGGAAGUUAAACAAAUCAACAAACGUGCCUCUGGCCAGGCCUUCGAACUGAUCCUAAAGCCACCAUCUCCGGUCUCAGAAGCACCGCGAACUUUAGCCUCUCCAAAGAAGAAAGAACUCUCUCUUGAGGAGAUCCAGAAAAAGCUGGAAGCUGCAGAGGAAAGGAGAAAGUCCCAGGAGGCCCAGGUGCUGAAACAUCUGGCAGAGAAGCGGGAACAUGAGCGAGAAGUGCUUCAAAAGGCUUUGGAGGAGAACAACAACUUCAGCAAAAUGGCAGAGGAAAAGCUGAUACUGAAAAUGGAACAGAUCAAAGAAAAUCGUGAAGCUAAUUUAGCUGCUCUUAUUGAACGUCUCCAAGAAAAGGAGAGGCAUGCCGCAGAGGUCCGUAGAAACAAGGAGCUCCAGGUGGAACUGUCUGGCUGAAAACAGCAAUGGAGGAUGUGACCCAUCCCCACCAUUAGUAAACUCCCCCUGCCUAUAUUAUUAUGGAUCAUGCGAUAUCAGUAUGGGAAAUGUAUGACAUGGUUUAAAAAAAAUCAAGAACUCAAUAAAAAACUUUAAAAAAGAAACAAAAAUAAAAACAAAAAAAUGCGGUCUCUUUGCAGAAUGAUUUGCUUGAUGUUUAAAAAACUUGGAUCUUAUUUUGUAAAUACUUACAUUUUUGUUAAAAAAUACAAGUAUUGCAUUAUGCAAGUUAUUUCAUAAUCUUACAUGUCCUGUAACAGGCUUCUAAUGUCUAUUUCCACUCAGCUGACUUUGCUGGGUCGGUUCAUUUGAAGCACCUCAUGUCUAUCUCCAUUCCCUGCGACUCUCAUUCCAACCCACCGAUGAGGUCAGUAGUAGUUCUAUGGUGCUAGAGACCAGCCAUUGCCUAAUAACCUAGAGCGCUUUGCCAUCAGUAAGCUUUGUUAAAGCAGUAGCUAGGUGACAGGUAUUGUGACUUCACAUUCAGCCGUCCAAGACAAAAGGCUCUUAAAAUGCAGUUUCUUCAAAUGCAAUUUGCCCUACAGGUUUCUGUAGCGUGCUGUAUAAUGGAGGUUAAAUUACUGCGUACAAUACUUGUUGCUUUCGAGAUGAGUGGCAGCAAAUACUGCUUUGCAACAGACAGGAAAGUAAGUGAUAAGUUGGUUUAAGGUCAGUUUAAGAGGAACAUUGUAAACAUCAAGCUAUGACAAAUUCUAAGUUAUAGAAAUGCUAAAUGUAAAGUGAGCUUAAUUUUCCACUUGAAAAUCUGUUGAUGGAGCAAAUAAUAGCAUCAAGUGGCUUUACCUGUAGAUGUCAUGAUCUGUGAUACUCAUCUGAUACUACCAUAUUACGUGUAUAAUGGUACAAAAAGCUACUGAAUGUUUCACCUGAAACCUGUGAGCCAGCUGUUACAUUUUUUUGACACUGCUGACUUCCCUUUGACAUGACUUUUACUCUUCAGUGUUAGCCAACCCUACCUAGUGACAGACAUCUAGAGCUAAGAGGGCUGAAGCAGCAGGAAUGACUAGACAGGGUGCUUGUGCCAAGUACAAUAUCACCAAACCUAAGACACCAUCCCCAAAAUAGCUGCAGUUUUGAAGUUGUCCCUACCCCCCUGGAGGUUGCUGCCUGCAUAUUCUACUGUUCAUUAGUGCUAUUUUCCUGUAUGUCAUUGUGAGCAAGCUGUGAUUAAUAAAGAAUUGGGGUUCUGUGAACUGAAAAA